AUGGGAUCCCGAGUGUGUGCCGAGGCGCUCGCGCUACGGAUACGGCAUACUGCCUUCGCGCCUGUCCGGUAUGCACCCAUUGCGGUGCGCCCGGCACUGUGCACGCACAUCCUCCGCCCGGCGCACGUCACAGGGCUGGGCCUCCAUGCCCCCGUGCACCGGCUCCACACGACCCCCCUUCGCUGCGAGGAGCAGCGCCCCGAAGGAAAGGAGGUGAAGCCCGCGGAUGAGGCGAAAAAGUCUCCGACGAUCCGUGAGCGCAUCAGCAACAUGUGGUCGACAAUCAAGUACCUCUUUCGCUUCUACCUCAACGGUGUGAAGCAGAUCUGGCGGAACCGCGAACUGGUGAAGGAGGUCAAGAAAGACUUGGCGGCGACCGGCCGCGAUAUGACAUACGAGGAAGGAAUUUUGAUCCGUACACAUGCUUCAGACAUGUACAAACUGCCGCUCUUUUUGCUCAUCCUGGUCACGGUGGAAGAGCUGCUUCCGCUGAUGGUGAUUUAUACCCCAUUCCUGCUUCCCUCUACCUGCAUUCUGCCGAGCCAGCGCCUAAAGAUCCGCAAGCGAUUCGAGGUGCAGCGCGAGGCCUGCAUUAAAGAGCUCAGGGCGAUGAUCGCCGCACAGCCCCAGCUCGAGCCGCCGUACGACGAGCAGCUCGCUGGCAAGACGCUCUCGCUCCUUCCUCCCGAAGGCGUCAAGAAGCUCAUCAACGUCUACAACCUCUCGUCCUGGGGCGGCACUACGCUGAUGCGCAGCCGACUCGUGCAGCACAUGAAGCGCCUGCGCGAGGACGACGUGCGCCUCGCUACCUCGAGCCUGCUCAACGAGCCCAAGGAAGAGUCGAUUGAGCUCCUGGCUGACGCGUGUACCGAGCGCGGCGUCCGUGCCGUGAAUGUCAACCUGGACGAAAUGGUGCAAAACCUGCGACGAUGGCUCGAGUCGACCCAGGUCGAAGUGCAGGUGCCCGACCUGGAGCUCGCCCUGACGCCGGCGCGCAUCUUGGAGCUCGGCGCGUCCGAGACGGAUCUCGUGGAAGAAAUCAAGAAGGACGAGGAGCAGAGCGUCGCAGAGCAGACCAACACCGUGGUGAAGGAGGUCGUGGAACAGGAGAAGCGCAACGAGGGCGAAAAGAAACCAUAG